UAUCAAUGCGGUAAUUAUUACGAAAAUGUCACACGAACGAUCUGAUAUGGACAUUUCUUUAAAUAUCCACCAUUGCUGUUAUUUUCUGGACGUGAAACAAAAGCAAGAAAUAAAAACACUGUAUCGUGGGCCCUCCCUCUUUCCGUCAAACGCCACGACGCACGCCAACGUGACUACGUCAUUGAUACGUCUACGUAGAAAAAACAUGGCUGCCUCUUGUAUGGACUAAAUCUUUCUCGAAUUUAUACUUUGACGAUGUCAUCAACCGACACACAGCAAGUGAAAAUGGCCGACAUUCUGAAGACCGAGGCGGUCCCUGAGGAUCCAAAUAAACAGAAAAUGGCCGAACUCCCCAAAAAUGACAAUAAGCCCGUGCUUCUGACAAAAGACAGGAAAACAGCGGCUCAGAAGAAGAAAAAGAAGAAGCCAGAGAUUCCGAGGAGGAAGAAGAAGAAGCCAGAUGAUCCCGGUAAGCCAGUUCCAUUAAACCUGAACGACGAGGUGGUGAGGAUGAGGAAGGAGGUGAAAAGGGUGAGGGCGCUGGUCAUCAGGAAGUUGACUAGACAGAUGGCAGAUCUGAAGAAGAAGAAGGGGAAGGAGGAAGAUCUGGAGAGGAACCGGAGGAGGGUAGGCAGACUGCUGGAAGAAAUCCAUGCGAUGAAGACACUCAAACCUGAUCCGGUGACCAAGGCGGCCCUUCAUAAGAACCUGAGUUUUGAGUUUGUCUGUAAGAACCCAAAGGCCACCAUUUCUGACCGAGCUGUAGCCCGUAUCGCCACUCACCCUCAGUUCAGCAAGAAGAUAGACACCAUUAAAGCCGCCAUUAAAGCCUUCAAGGAUGAGAGGAUGUCAGUAGAGAAAGGAGACCAGAAGGAAACGGUUAGAAAGCAGCCUUUAAAAGUGGUCGAGGUGAUCGAGCAGCCGAGGGACAGUGAUGGAGGAGGAGGAGGAGGGGUGGAAGGUGAAGAGGGAGAUGAAGAAGAGAUGGAUGAGGAGGAAGAUGGAACACCCGCGGAUGAGGAGGAAGAUGGAACACCCGCGGAGAGUCUAACGGUUGACGAACCAGCUGUUCUUGAAAAGCAACCUGUUGAUAAGACUGUCAGGGUUACAGAAGAAGACGACGUUUCCACGAUAGAGAAUAAAGAAUCGGCCAUAGAGAAUACAGUAGCUGACCCUCAGCCCACGGAGAUGUCAGAGGCCGUUAAGACUCUGUUGGACUCAUCCACUCCAUUCACAAUAGAGGCCCCACAAGUAGUACCUACCAAGAACAUAGUUACCAUGAAAAAUACACCACAGAAGCAAGUAGUCCAGAAACUCACAAAGGACACUCCAGCCACUCAGAAGACUCAAGACCCCAAACCCCAGAAAGUCACUAAACUUCAGAAUAAAGAUGUUAAAAACAAGCAGGACGAUGAAGAGGAUUCUGAUGAUGAUCACGAGGAAGAGGAGAGCGACUUGGAGUCUUCGGACGACGAGAAGGAGUAUUUUGACGACAGCACGGAAGAGCGUUUCCAUAAGCAGUCCUCCCAGUCGGAUGAAAGCGACAACGAUGAUUUCUUCCUGGGGAAAGUCAACAAGUUCAAAAAGAAGAGUGAUGCGACUACAGCGCCACCAGUUGGAGGGGAGGGGAAGAGCAGCGAACUGGGGAAAAACCCACUGCUGGAACCACUGGAGAGCUUAAAGCCACACCAGACUGAACUGGAUGAGCUAGAGGCCAGACUGAACUCCAAGGGGAAGUCUAUCUUCUGCUCCAGUCUGUCUGGUUCCAGAGGUGGUAGAGGCAGGGGUAGAGGUGCAGGCAGGGGUAUGGGCCGAGGAGGGGGUAGGGGAGGGGACUUCAAGAACCGUGGAAGAGGGGGAAAUGAUGGCCCGUCUCGGGGUCCUGGGUCACAUGAUGGGGGUUCUGGAAGGGGAAGGGGGGAGACGGGAGGCAACGGGAAGGCAGAGGCUUCUCCUCCACCCCUUCAUCUCAGCCCACAACAGGCCCUGCACCCGUCAUGGGAGGCCAGUAAGAAGAGGAAGGAGCAGCAGACCGCAGUAGUGGCCUUCCAGGGAAAGAAGAUCAAAUUUGAUGAUUGAGCUAAGGCCGGCGAUAUGGUCAAAAUGUAUCACAAUAUUUUUGAUGUUAUUUGAGGGUAUUUUAUGUUUUUAAAUAAUAAAAGUUAUCCAUUCUG